GUGUUAUCAAGGUUACCUGGACCCUCCCGACCUAUCAGCUGUUUUCUAGUUUUCAUCAUCGAAACAGCUGAUUGUCAUUCGUGGCGUGUAGCUUAUCACUUAGGCGUAACAAGCUAGAAAUAUAACAGAUGUAUGAAUUGCAGUUUUCAACACUCAUGUGCAAAAACAAAACGGUAGCUUUGCCUUAGAACGUCUGGGACAAUCUCUGUGAAUACAUGCAAAGCUAUUUAAUUAAAUAUCCAAAUUAAUACUAAAUCCCGAAAUCCUUAAGCAUGAUUGACAAUGGUUCUUUAGAAAAUGCAUCAAUCCCUAAUUCUAAGUUAUGUGGUAGCAACCAAAGUCCUGGUGUCCUACAAUGUAUAUGCAGGUUCAUAUUGUCUCAGCAAUCUAAAAUCUAUGGCGGAUUAGUUGAAUAUAUAGAUGGAGCUAGUGUCGGGACACCUAGAAUUAAUAAGAAUGAAGGGGAUAAAGCGUUUACCAAGGCAUGUUGCUUACUCGAUUAACACAUUUUCUUAGGAUAAUUGUUGUGAUGAUGUUCGGCGAAGUUCUCAGUGCGAUAAAUUGACGCUAACCAUCGAAACACUUUUAGUCGGAGAAAACUGUUUAGAACACUGUGGAGAUAAUCAGCUUCCUGUCUAUGUUAUGGAGCAAUGGACAGCCCAAGUUCUCCCUCAGAAUUUUAAAAAUAGGGGAAUCUCUAUUUCCGGUUGUCAGAUUGAGCUCUUGGACUACAUACAAACAUCCCCUUUAAUGGCUGCAAUCAAAGAACCAGGUCGUCCUCGCAGAUAUAAGCUUACUCACAGAUCCUAUGUAUGUGAUCGCAUUUCUCAAGUGGGUGAUUCUUUUCUUAUGGAUGCAUCAGAUAUACUGAGUAUGGACUGUCUAAGUGACAGGAAUAAAAACAGUCAAGAUGAUGAUCAUGAUGGUAGUUCAGUCUCAAAAAUAGUUCGUCAGAUGGAUGGUUGUGAAAGUCCUAUUAAACGAGUUUUUACACCUGUUUGUAUUAGUGAAAAGGAGAUUUUGCACAUCACUGUUGUAACGCUAAAACAUCUUCCCCAACAGUUUCUUGGUUGUCCACUUUGCCUAAAUUCAACUUACUCAACGAAUAAAGAUAGCUUCACUAUGCUUAGUUGUGCUAGAUGUCAUUCACCUGAAACUCUUGUAGACUUGGAUGUUCGUAAAAAGAACACUACACUUGUUUCUCGUACAACCUACGGAAAGCCUAAUAAACAUCCGCCAAACUUUCUUAACUUACCUAAAUGCUCUUCAAACGAAGAAGUUGUCAGAAGUCCUGUUGUUGUCAUGGCAGAUACAGAAGAAAAGUUUAUGCAAUCUACGUUUGAUAACCCCUUUUACAACAUCCUACCACCCUGCUCUUCUUUGGAUUGUACCGAAUCAGGUCACUCGACUUUAACAAAAAAGUCAUCUCGUUUGACUGACUCCAAUAGAAUAUGCCAGAUUCCUCUAGAGUCACCUCCCCGUAAACAGCAACGUAUCAGUUGUUACGCUCAUGAACUUAGUUCCGAAACAAAAGAUUCAGAUGACUCCAAUGAAAUGCCCUCUUCCGUCACCCCUACCAUAAGCAAAACUCCAGGUGUGCAACGUGAAGGCUGUAUUAACAAAGUAAUUGCAGAAUUCACGCUACUGAAUGUCGAACGUGACCUAAUUAUGAACUCAGUUGACGAUUCGAAUAUUGGUUCAGUAUGUAUACCACCUGUUAAUGCCUGUUUUUCUUCUUCCUUCGAUGUGCACAGAGACUCCAUACAAUGUAGCCAACUCAGUUAUAGUACGGCUAAAAAGCGUGACCAUGCAUCCGAAUCUCAGCUAGGCACAGAUUCAGAGGAUUCAGUACUAUUAACAUCACCGAGUGCUAGUUCUCAACCGGUGCCUAGAUUAAGCAGGAGACGAAACGCUACUUCUGUCUCCGUCUGGCCUUCAUCAUCGUUUCACAAUGACGGCACUCCUUUCUUCAACCGCCGUACUGGAUUGCCUUUACAAUCAUCUCCGGUUCCUCUCAAAAGAAGUACAAGUGGAAAGUUUGAUUUCGAUUUAUCAUUGAAUCGCAUGAAAACAUCUAGAAGCUCUAUUUGUAUGGUAUACAAUCAUAAUUUGCAAAAUUCCAGUGAAAUCAAUACAGAUCAUGUUAAAGAACCUUCAUCAGGGAUGGAAAGUUUAAAAUCUGACAAAAAAUUCAAUAAUAAUACUGAUAACAGUAGUAAUGAUAAUAAUGAAACUAAUAGCAAUAAAUCAAAUCAAACUAUUACAUCAUUUCGUCGACGACCAUCUAGUCUACGAUUUACAUCACAAUAUCAAGAACAAUCAUUUGAACGUAAUACUGUUAAUAGUUCUAUCAUUGGUGGUUCUAAUAAUCGACAUACAGUAACAGGAGCAAGACGACGUAAUUAUCCUGUAGAAAUGGAUUCAAUUGAAUUAAGUUGUAGUGCACCACCGUCUGGAGGUCGUGGUUUUCAACCACAUAAAAAUAUAACAAGUCGUUUAGCAAAUACUAUGGCAUGUACACCAGUACCACAUGGUAGUUCACAACAUUUGCUAGUCAAUUUUGAAGAAAGUAUGCUUAAUGGACGUAUACAUCCAGUUGGACAAGUUGAAGGAUUUUCAAUUGAAUUAGGCGCUAGUGGCUCAUUCUAUCCAAAUCAUAUACGUCUUCCAAUGAAAGCAUAUUUUUUCAAUUUAUCUGAUGAUAAUGCACCAUCACCGUAUUUAGGCUAUGCUGAUUUAAAACAAUUACCUAGUAAUAAAGGUUAUCAUAUACCGAAGAAAGGUUCUAUUCAAUUAACUUUAUUCAAUCCAACUGGUCUUGUAGUGAAAAUGUUUGUUAUUGUAUAUGAUUUAGCUGAUAUGCCACCAAAUUGUCAAACAUUCUUAAGACAACGUACAGUUUAUAUGCCAAUUCAACAACAUAAUCAAUUUCAUUCAUCUUAUAUAAUUUCCAAUUCAACACAAUCAACAUCUUUACAUAACAAUUCCACUUGUUCAUUUCAUAAACCUCAAUAUCAUUCAACACAUACUAAUACGAAUCAUUUAAAUUGUAAUAGUACUCCUAGUACAUCAAUGAUAAAUACGAAUGUAUCAAUGAAUAAUACAUUAUCCAAUUGUAAUACAAAUCAUUUAUGGAAUAUAUCAUCAAAAUCAUUAACUGAACCAAAUACACCAUCAUUUCUAUCUUAUUCAUCAUCAUGUUCAUGUUCGUCUAUUACAUCAAUUGGUUCAUUAAGUUCAUAUGGUUCACAGAAUGCUGUUAAUAAUAAUAACAACACUACUAAUAGUAAUACUACUACUACUACUACUAAUAAUACUACUGGUAUUGCUGGUGUGUCAUUGAAUACACGUAAUGAAUUACCUGCCUACUUACGAUAUCUAGUGCAUUUAAGAUUUCAUACAACUCGUUCAGGUAAAUUAUACCUUCAUACAGAUUUACGUUUAAUAUUUUCACGUGAUAAAUUUGAAUUUGAUCCACGUAUAGCAACUUAUGAAUUACGUUCAUUUGUUGAUGCUCCAUCAAAUCCACGUUAUUCACCAAAAAAAUGGUCAACACGUCAUCAGAAUAUAACAAAAUAUCAAAAAUCAAUUCAUCAUUCAAAGAUUACAUAAUAGAAGAAUGUUUUAAUUGAUGUUGCCUCAUUCGUUUUUUUUUUCAUAAAUCAAUUCCAAUUUAAGAUUAUUGAAAAUUCAUUCAAUGAUUCGUUUAUUUUCAUAAACCUUUACAAGUAUCUAUAUCUAUCUAUCUAUAUAUAUAUACUCCCCCUUUACAUCUAUGUUUGUUAAUAUUGUUUAAUUGUUUGUUCAUAUGCAUGGGCUUCAGUUCUCUGUUUUCCUUUUUUGGUGUUUAUUUUCUUACUGUGAUAUUAUCUCCUUGGAAUAUUUACGUACACACCCACAUAUAUAUAUAUCUUGCUUUUUUACUUCUUUCUAUUCUUUAAUAUACUAACUAUAUUAUCACCAUACAGUUGUGCAUUUUUCUUCUUUGUGCCUAUAUAUUCAGUGGUUACGGUUUGACUGAAUACUACUACUACUACUACCAAUACUACAGUGGUGUGGGUUACUUAUAUCCAUAUGAGUAAUAUAUAACGGUGGUCAGGCAUAAAAUGUAUUCCAGUGGAAGAUCAAUAAGGAAAGAACGAAAACGGAACAUAGUUGAUAUGAAAAUACAUGAACAAUGAAAUCUAAGACAAUGAAGUGAUAUUUUCAAAAGAUACAGUGAAGUUUGAGACAAUGGAUUGAUAUUUUGUAAAUGAAGUAUUUACUAUAUGGUUCUCAGAUUUUCGUAAGAUGCUCUGUUAUUUCGUGUUCAAAUACAUUCGAUUGUCUCCACCGGUGUUGUCGUUCACUACACUACUACUACUACUACUCUAUCGGUUUAAUAUUCAGUUAUAACGUUUAGAAAUUGUAUAUUACAUAAUGAUAAAAUACUUUAUUAUUAUCUUUCUGACUAUCGUUUAUCCAUCCAUCCAUCAUUCUGAUUAGUUUGGGAGAAUAUUCACCUUUUUACUAUGUGUUUUCUCUCUCUCUCUCUCUCUUGGAAUAUUCCACACGUUGAUGAAUUCCAUACAAACAUAUACCAUUUCAUAUAAAGUUACAAGAUCCUCUAUGAAUAAGAAUUCAAUCAUGUGUCAUGUCUAUAUACAAGUGAAUGAUUCAUUUCUUAUCAUACGAUUGGAUAGGAUUGGAUUUACAAUAUUUUAAUGUAUAUACUACUAUUAUUAUUAUUAUCAUUCAUAUUACCAUUGAUAUUGUUAUUAUAACUUAUAUCACUAAUAUUUAUUACCUUUUUGCACUACUUAAAUUUGUAUACUUAAGCAUAUAUACCCCGUCUGAAUAUACAGUUUGAUAACAGUUGCCAUUUAGUAUAAUAAUAUCUUAUGUGAACUCAUAUAUCUAUACACACAUACAGUGCUAGUCAAUGAUGUUUACUUGAUUUUAUUAUUACUUCUAUUGUCAUUAAUCACUUAGUGAUUAGUUAUAGACUCGUUUUUUGUUGUUGUUGUUGUUGUUGUUUAUUUCUUCAUUUCUGUUCUGUUUUAUUUUGCUUCUGAAGACUGGUUGUUUCUUUCUUGAAAUGUCUUUCUGUGUAGUUGAUUUGUUGUCCCAUUUUGUGAGAGGUUAUUGAUGUUUUAUUGGAUAGUUUUGUUUUCAUAUUUUUAUGUCUUUCAUCAUUGUUAACAUGUUUGAAGUGAACAGAUAAAAUAGUUUUUACCUGUUGGAUUUUCAUACAAUUUUCAUUUAUGUGUAUGUAUUCUAUAUAUGGAUGUGUAUAUCUCUUAUUCAUUCCCAACUUAAUCACUUAUCCAUACAUUACGCACACAGAUUACAUACUAAACUUAUUCAUAAUAAUGACAGUACUUACCCUCUUUUUUUUUCUCUCUCCCAAUCGUGUAAUGUUUAAUAGUUGUGAAGGGGGUAUGGUGAUGAUGAUGGUAACUUCACCUAGUGAUUAGUAAAUAAUACUAACUAUAUUGAUCAAUAAAUCGUUGAAUUAUAAUCAUCUAUGAUGCACUAGAAAACGAUAUUGUAACAAGAGAUGAGUUUCACACAUACAAACAUACAUGGAUCUAUUUAUAAGAAUUGAUUUUUAUGAUCAAUUACAUUGUAUCAAGUUCUUCUUUUGUGAAAAUGUUUUGCAGACUAUUCAUUUAUUUGUUAAUAUUGUUUACAUACCUCUAUCUCUUUGUAUAUUUGUGAAUGUGUGCGUAAUUAGUUUGCAUUCUCAUUAUUGAUUGAUUGUUCAAGAUCAAUCAUUCAAUGUUAUGAAGAUGCUUGUUUGGUUCUCUGAUUCUUUUUUUUCUUUUUUGUAUGUCCAAUAAUCGAUUCAUAUACACACUCACUCACUGAUAUGCAUACUCAUUCGCUCAAUCACAUUCUGUGAUGCAACUUAUCUUGUUUGUAUAUCCAUGCCUUUACUCAGUACAAGAAUGUAUUGUUUAACUACCUUCAUUUAUGUGCUUCUUUCUGGGUUAUUUUGUUGCUGUUAUUUUUUUUUUCAGUUUCUUUUUCAUUUGUUUAUCUAUUGAUAUUAUUUUCUUUAUUAUUUGUCGAAAAAUAAUUGAUUGUCACAA